UUGAGGUCUAGUUAAAGAUUGGAGAAAUGGGUUUGAUCAAAAUGUUUGAUGCUUACCUCAUGAUUGUGAUGUUAAUGAGUCUGGGGUUUGCUAUUGGGUUUUCAAAUGGCUACAAGUUCUAUGUUGGUGGGAGAGUUGGUUGGGUCCUUACUCCUUCAGAGGACUAUUCUCAUUGGUCUUAUCGAAAUCGCUUUCAGGUCAAUGACACUCUUUAUUUUAAGUAUCCUAAGGGGAAAGAUUCAGUGUUGGAGGUGAGUGAAGAAGAGUACAAAACAUGCAACACGACUCAUCCAAUAACCACACUCACCGACGGAGAUUCUCUCUAUGUUCUUAGCCGUUCAGGUCCGUUCUUUUUUGUUAGCGGCAACUCAGAAAAUUGUUUCAAAGGCCAGAAGCUGCCCGUCAAGGUCAUGUCCACCGCCCACCACGGCCACAGUCCUCGUCAACCAUCACCAUCACCCUCACCUUCGCCGUCACCGACUCUGUCUCCAAGCCAUCAUGAUUUGUCAUCUCCAGCACCUUCUCCGAAAGUAGUUCUUUCUGAAACAGAAGCUCUUGCUCCGGCUCCAGGACCAGCGAAAGCUCACAAUUCGGCCGGUUUUAUUUGUCCUAGGGCGGUCUCUCUAGGAUUGGUUCUCGUGGUUAUUAUAAGUUUCAUGGUUUAGACUUUAGAAUUAUAAUGGUGGGGGUAAUAGUUCCUCCAUAAGUGAGUUUAAUAUUAAUGUUCCUUCCUGUGACAUCUUAUUAAUUGUGUUUGAGCUUUGUUAUGUUUGUCCUUUUUGUUAUGUUUUUCAUGUCUAUGUUUUUCUUUUGCUAAUCAAAGUGUUUUAUUAGAGAA